AGAGACCCUCAGGAGUAUCCGAGGUAUCACAUUGGAUUACUGUGUUCAUUGCAUAACUGUGAAAAAUUUACUGACCACGUGUGGUGAAUUGUUGUGUGAAAUCAUUCAUGAAGAUAUUUCAUCAUAUUUUUAUGAGAUUCUAUCAUAAAAAUAGAAUUUAACAAAAAUUUUAUUAAGUGAGAUAGUGCGGUGAUUACGCUGUUAUAUUGAAUAAAUGGUGGAUUACUGUAAUUACAAAAUGUCCGGAAGCGACGAGGAAUUCGAAGCGCAAACCCAGUCGAGCAUGUCCAAGGCAGAAUUGCGAAGAAGUAAUAAGCCAAUAAUGGAGAAGAGGAGACGCGCAAGGAUAAAUACAUGCCUCGAAGAACUCAAGAGUCUAAUCCUCGAGGCUAUGAAAAAAGACCCAGCACGCCACUCUAAAUUGGAGAAAGCGGACAUCCUAGAGAUGACAGUGAAGCAUCUCCAGACAGUUCAACGUCAGCAGCUUAAUACAGCAGUGGCGACUGAUCCGGCGGUUCUUUCAAAAUUUCGCUCGGGUUUCUCCGAGUGCGCCGGUGAAGUAUCCCGGUACGUCAAUCAUCUGGAGAACGUGGACACCGUGGUAAAACAGCGGCUUGUGACCCAUCUCAAUAGCUGUGUGAAUAAUCUACAGCAGAUGGCACCAUUCUACAGCCACUUUGUACCGUACAUGCCGGACAGGUUGUUUCCAGAGGUGAAGGUCGGCUUCCAGAGUGACUUUCACAGUGGAGAUGAGAACAACAACGGCAGCGCUAGAAUUCAAAUACCAUCUGGGGUACAGCUCAUCCCAAGUAGAUUACCAACAGGCGAGCUUGCACUGUUGGUACCACAGUCUGCUGGAAUAUCCGCUAAUUUUCCCUUUUUCCCACCGUCGACGGAGCCUUCAAGAGCCGGUGGCACUUCCGCUUUCACUGCUGUGCACAGGGUUCACAGUCCUCUUCUCAGUCCAUCAACAUCAACAUCCAGCUUUGGAGAAGAGACCCAUCACUCCGAGGCGCAUCAGUACCGAAAUACCGAGUCACCAAAUCAUCAUCGAUUUAAAAUUCCGGACGCAAGUCCUGCCUCGUCGAAGAGCUCACCCGAAACUCAAAAGUCCCAAAUCAGCUCGACAAGCGAUCGCAAAUCACCGAUCGCUGUCUUCGUUGAACCAAAGAGUGACGUCACAACUUCGAGAAGGGAUAUGUCUCAUUAUGAGUCGGUAGAGGCGAACGGUAAAGUUCAGAACUUGAGGAAGCCCUUGUCUGUUAUCACGGAUAAGACGUAUAAUCGGGUGCCGCCUAAGAGGGAGAGUCUCAAAAGACAUCAUUCGGACGGACUUCUUGCUAUUUCGGAUAAGAAAGCGAAAUACCAAGAGGCAUCAAGCUCCACUGUGAAUACAGUUGGGCUCAGAAUUAGGGAAGAAUAUAAUGUCUCGGCAGAGGAUUUAUCAGGAAAGGCGCAGGGUUUUUUAGGGGUGGGAAAUAAUGGACGUCCGCAGGGUCCGGGAGGACCUGUUGCAGGAUCGUCACAGAAUGGAGACAUGUGGAGGCCCUGGUGAUCGUUGAGGCUCGGUGUAUUAGAAUUUAAUUCCAUUUCUAGAGCUAAUUUUCAAAUUGUUUUUUGAACUUCAUUUUGUAAUUUUCCCUUUUAUUUUGUUUCGUUUGUUGCGAUCGAUUAAUCAUUGACUAAAUUCCCUUGAGGUCAUUUAAUAUUGUUAGCGGUAGGGCGAUGCGACUGCUGUAUUCUAAUUUAUUCAUUAUUUUCUAGUGAGAUUUUUGUAUUUAUUGAUAGUCGUAAUGUACGGAGAGACACUCAAUUAAACCAGAUUCUGCAUAAUUACUCAUCAAGAAUUUAUACAACAUGAAAUACUUCCAAAGUGCAGAAACUUGACUUAAGCUUUAAUGUAAUUGUAAUCAAUAGUUAUUGUACAACUGAUGUAAAUAUGUGAUGUUUGAUCUUAAUUACUGUGUCAUUGCAUAGCGUAAUAAUGUUUUUGGAUACAAGUAAUGUAAUUUUUCGACAGAACUUUUGGUCAGUUUAAACGCCAUCCUAGUAUUACAAGUUUGUG